GUUCACAAACUUCGCUUCCUGAUUUCUGUUCCUUCCCUUCUUACCAUUCUAUAAGGGAAUACCCAAAAGGCGAAAAUGAACGAUUUAAUGACCAAAUCCUUCACCAACUACGUGGAUCUGAAGAAAGCGGCAAUGAAAGACGUGGAUUUGGAAGCGGGCAAUGCUCCACCCGAUGUGGAACUAACCUCAUCAACGACUCACAUGGAUACUCACAUGGGUCUCUUCUUAAAAGAAGCAGAAAAGGUUAAAACCGAAAUGACCCAUUUACGCGACAUCCUCGGAAAACUCCAACAAGCCAACGAGGAAAGCAAGUCCCUUCACAAACCCGAAGCUUUGAAACAAUUGCGUAACAGAAUCAACUCAGACAUUGUCACAGUGCUGAAAAAAGCACGCGCAAUAAGGACCCAAUUGGAAGAAAUGGACCGUGCCAACGCCUCUAACAGAAGACUCUCAGGGCUCAAAGAAGGGACUCCAGCCAUUUACAGAACAAGAAUCGCUGUGACCAAUGGGUUACGCAAGAAACUGAAGGAGUUGAUGAUGGAGUUUCAAGGUUUGAGGCAAAGAAUGAUGAGUGAGUACAAAGACACGGUUGGGAGAAGGGUGUUUACUGUGACAGGGGAAUACCCAGAUGAAGAAGUUAUUGAGAAGAUAAUUAGCAAUGGGAAUGAGGAAGAGGUUUUGGGGAAGGCAAUAAAGGAGCAUGGGAGAGGGAAGGUUCUAGAAACUGUGGUAGAGAUUCAGGAUAGGCAUGAUACGGCUAAAGAGGUUGAGAAGAGUUUGUUGGAGCUGCACCAAGUGUUUUUGGAUAUGGCUGUGAUGGUUGAAGUGCAAGGUGAGAAAAUGGAUGAUAUUGAGCACCAUGUGUUGAAUGCUUCGCAUUAUGUUAAGGAUGGGACAAAGAGUCUUCAGAGUGCUAAGGAGUACCAGAGGAGUAGUAGGAAGUGGAUGUGUAUUGGGAUUAUACUCAUUUUGAUUUUGAUUCUUGUUAUUAUUAUUCCUGUUGUCACAAGUUUUAGUAGUUCUUAA